AUGAACUACAGCACACCUCCCAUCAAGUACAAGCCAUCAAAAAUCACUGUUAUCGGCGACUCUGGUGUUGGUAAGUCUGCUCUGAUAUCACAAUUUCUGAACCGUGUCAUUGACCCAAACACCCAACCAACUAUCGGAAACAUAAGUGCAAACACAAAGUUGGAUGACGGCACCGAUACGCUGAAUGUUGUAAUAUGGGAUACAGCUGGGCAAGAGCGAUUCAAGAGUAUGACGGACUUGUUUUUCAGAGAAGCGCGUGGUUGUGUCAUUGUAUUUGACUUGACAGAUUACUCGACUUUCAUAGGGACACAAAAUUGGUACGAACGCAUUUGCAAGAACUCAGUAAGUCCUCCUGUCUGUGUCUUGGUUGGAAACAAGAAGGAUCUUAGCCAUAAAGAAGUCAACACGGAUCAAGCACUUAAACAAGCAGCCUUAUUCAACGCACUUUAUUUUGAAGUCUCUGCUCUCACAGGUGAAGGGGUUAAAGAUGCGUUUUAUAGCUUUCUUGGGAGAAUCGAGCCGGAGGUGGACCAGAAAGUGGAGGUAGUAGUGGGCCAACCAACAAACGAGAAGAAAGAGAAAAAGUGCUGCUAA